AUGGCGCCAGAACCUGAAUCCAUGCUGCCAACACCAAAGAUAACAUUCUUUCCAGCACAUGGUAUACAGCUGGGUUGGAGAAAGAACGAUUGUGUAGGUGGUGGAAUGAUUAAUGUUGAUAAUUCCUGCUACCUCAAUUCAACAUUACAGGCUUUAUUCCAUGUCCCGGCCUUUGUCAACUGGCUCUGCAGUGAUAAUAGCCAUCUCAGCAAUUGUACAGUUGUUAAUGGGUCAGUGAAGGACGUGUACAUCAUCUGUGCAAUGAACAAGACAUUCAAAGCGUCAAGGAAGAAAAGUGGCACUAUCAUAAAACCGCUCCUCAUAUACAGCAGAUUGCAGUUUAUCAGCAAGGACCUUGUACCUGGUCAGCAAGAGGACGCCCAUGAGUUCAUGUGUUACCUUCUGAAAAACUCCAUGUUGGACAGUUACAGCAUGGAAACUACGCCUUUGAAUCAAAUAUUUGGAGGUUAUAUCAGAACAGAAGUGACGUGUUUACAGUGUGGUAGUGUGUCCACAACUUUUCAGCACUGUCAAGACUUUAUUUUGGAUAUUCAACAUACGUCCACAUUGGAUGGUGCUUUGGCAGCCUACUUCUGCGAAGAAUGCCUAGAUGGGGAUGAUGCCUAUUGGUGUGAACAGUGUCACAGGAAAGUUUCAGCUAUAAAGAAAUUUUCUUUGGAGAAACCACCUCCAGUUCUGUGCAUACAAAUCAAGAGGUUUAACAUCAUGGGAGAAAAGAUUGACAAACACAUUUCGAUCUCCCUGAGACUGGACCUUACAAGGUUUCUUUGUCCUCAGUCAGCUCACCAUGGCCCAGCACCACUUACAUAUCAUCUUGUUCCCAUGGUCAUACAUGAUGGCCCAUCAAGCCACUGUGGCCACUACACUGCAGUGGCACGGACUUCUAUGGGUCAUUUCUAGGGCCCGGAUUUCUAUGACAUGUC